CCCAAAAUCAAUCAACAAACGAUGGGAACGGCUUUUCUGCACUAAAAUUCAUAAUUUCAAAUUUUAUUAUAAAUAUAAGUAAUAUGUAGUGAUGGUAUUUGCGUGUGAAUAAACUAAUUAAGAUGUCCGACUUGAAAAUUUGUAGAAUUUGCCUUAGAACUCAGUGCAAAGUGUACAGAUUUGACCGAUAUCAACUCAAACAUUAUUAUGAAGAAGUUACUGCCGUAAAAGUAAAUGACAAGGAUGGUCUUCCACACUUCUUCUGCUACGAGUGCGCCACCAUGCUGCAUAAGUUCCACAAGUUUAAGGAGAAGUGUUACAAUGGACAGAAUACUCUCAAAGAGAUUGGUUGGAGAGGUCCAAUUACAUACGAAGCCAUUUACAAAAUAGACAGAGCGUUGAGACAACUUAAAUCACCGUUGGAAAUACUCACCGUUACUAAAAGAGUUAAAACCUACGUCACAACGGAUAUUGCAGAAGCUAGUAACUCUGAAUCCGAGUCCAUACAUGCUGAGGAUGAGAAGGAAAUCAAUAUUAAAGACAUUGAAGACUGUAAAGAUGUCUUCUUAGAUGAAGGAUCCAUAGCCGAUGACAAUUUUGAUUCAGAAUGCAUUGCUAUUGACGAAGAUUCCAAAAAUAUCUUAUUAGCAAAUGACGUCUCUACAGAAGUCGAUAAAAAAAUGGAUUUUUUUAUUAAUAAUUCCCAAACUAGAAGGAAAGACAAAGAAACGCCAAUACCAAGUCCAAAGACGGUCUUUGUUGAUAUAAAAAAAGAUGUGAUAACAUUGAAAAAUGAACCUUUCAAAGAAAGAAAGCGGUAUGCUGGGGAAUUUGGAUUGAAGAAACAAAAUCCUAAACAGACGAAGAAAAGAACUAGAUAUCUUGACAGUGAGAAUUGGAAGAAAUAUACAUUGUCUGAAGAAGAUGCAGUGAAAGAAUUUCAGAUGAAAGCAAAAAGUCCGAAGUAUGAUUCUGCUGCGUUCAAAUGUGGUGAUUGUUAUAAAGGGUUUUCUAAAGAAGACAUGUUGAAAAGGCAUAAACAACUGCGACAUAGUGAGUCACUGGGCCCUCUGGAAUGUCGCUUCUGCCACAUGAGAUUCAAGUGGGACUGCAAGUUGAGAAAGCACAUGCGGCAACAUUUCACAAGAUACGUCUGUCUACUGUGUAACCUGCGAUGUUCCGUGGAAAAUACUGCCAUCAUGCACGAGGAUUACCACAAAGGGGUGAUCAAGAAAUGUAUUCACUGCGGGGAAGAGUUCAAGCACUCAUCAACAUACUACACACAUCUCCGGACACACAGGAGCGAAUAUGUGUGCACUCUGUGCGGUAUGUCCUUCGUAAGUCCCAGUGGGCUGCAUAUGCACAAGAAGAUAAAACAUAUAAAUGAUGAAAUUGAUAGCCCAGACGACGACGAGGAAGUGAACACAUUCUGCGAGAAAUGUGACAUAACUUUCGAAACUAGGAAAGCGUACGAAGAACAUCUAUUUCACUCGGCAAUGCAUACGGAAGGCUUAGAAGAUGAACUGGACGAGUUCUCAGUGCCCAGGAAGGUGCUAGGCAAGAAGUUGCAAGCGAAAAUAACUCAUAGUUUGAAGAAGAAGACGCCUCUGCCUGAGGAGCUGGUGAGGACAGCGAAAAAGAGACGGAAGAAUAAACGACGGUGCCAUAAGAAACCUACUACUUGUCAUCAGUGCGGCAAACACUUCGACACGCAAGCGGCGUGUAUGAAGCACCACUUAGCUGAGCACCCGAGGACGUCGUUCUUCCCUGCGCAUGAGCGGCACAUCUGUGAAAUCUGCGGAGCCUCGCUCGCUCCAGGCAGCGUGGCGAUGCAUCAGAACAUCCACUCUAAGCAGAAGAUGUUCCCAUGCGAGACUUGCGGGAAGACCUUCCACUCCAGCAUCGGCGUGCGACGACAUAUGGUGACCCACACUGGUGAGAAGCCGUUUGCCUGCACGCUAUGCGACAAGCGGUUCACGCAGAGCAACAGCAUGAAGCUGCAUUACAGAACCUUCCAUCUCAAACAGCCGUAUCCAAAGAGAAAUAGAAGAAAAAAGAAGGAUGACAUCCCAACGGCGGAGGACAACAAGACGAGCUCGGAGGAGUCGGAGGCCAGCCUGCCCGACGCUGCGCCGGCGCCGGCCCCGCUGCAAGACGCGCACGACACUAUACACUAUCUCACUCUCAGCUAGAACGGAUGUCCUAGAACACCUCGGACACUUAGUCCGAGUCCUAGAACGCGCGGAUUGUCUAUCUCACUCGCACUUAUGCGGUUACGCAUAGGACACUCCGCGCGUUCCACCAUUGGCCCCACUGGUGGACAACGCAACAGUUCUUAGCGGCUUACGACCAUUUAAGACUGAAGCAUAGAAUAAGGAAUAAUGCUACGUAUAGAAGUUUCCUCGCGAUGUUUUCUUCACCGCUGAGCACGUGAUAAUCAUUUAUGAUCCAAACAUGAAUUCCAAAACAAAUUCGACAAUCAUUGGUUUAGGUCUGCGCUAGAUUCGAACCUGCGACCUCAAAGUGAUAGGCAAGCGUUCUACCAACUGGGCUACCAUGGCUUUUAGGAUCAUAGAAAAUUUAUAUCACGCGGUUUCCUGGAUUUGUGCCCGGUUAAUCGCCCCUUAACCCAGUCGCACGGCAGUGGGCGUCGUACGGCUGAUGAUGAUGAUGAUGAAUCGCUCCUUAAUGGGACUUAAAUGUGGCUGGCGAGUGGGUGUAUAGUGGUGCUAAUUCCUGCAGACGCCUUCUAAUUUUAUUUCAAGCUAUACCUGUUGUUGCGAACUCUUCGCAGAUUUUAGAAUCUUUUUAUAUGUUUUUUUUAUAUUUCUCCUUUUUUUACGUUUUGUAUGUUGGUUUUGUUUCGUUCUUACGUCUUGUGGUUUUUUGAUGAACAUUGGUGAAAAUACAUUAAAAAUAUCUCUCAAAGCUAAGUAUUCGUUAUUCCUUCAUUUCAUUUAGUAAUACAGUCCACAACAUAUUCAUCAACCACCAUCGUAGCCCACACCUGUCAUUUUCUUAUCCGCUGAAAAAGAAAGGGACGGGUAAUCGACUGGCACAAAAUUUAUGGAACACACGUCAAUUUUAAGCAGAAAUCCAAAACAACCGUGUAAAAAUUUUACAUCGGCCAAUAACCUGACAGAGUUAAGUAGUCAGCACGUCAAACAGAUUGCAUACCAGCGAGAUGCCUAUUUUAUUCACCUGGGUUAUUCAUUCGUUUUAAAAUUAACUUGUUGACAAUCACCCGUCCCUUUCCUUUUCGGUGGAUAAUAAAAUGACGGGUAUAACUUAAAAUAAAUUUAGGUGUCUGCAGGAAUCGGGCCAGUGUAUAUACUACCCCUUCCUCCUCUGCCCACCCCUUCGGGGAUGCAGGCGUGAUUUUAUGUUGAUUUAGGCAUAAAGCAAUAAUUGUUAAAAGUAGAGAACUUUAGUCAUCAAUUAACUUACCAUACACGAGCAUACAUUCUAAUCAUAACUGUUAGCAGUCAUACAAAUUAGUUAUUAAGAUAAUUUUGUAUCUCAUAGCUUAAGUAUUGUAGUGUCAUCGAUCUAUUGAUGUGGCAUGAAUAAAUAUUGUGAUUUUAUUAGUA